AUCUGAAAACUGAACCGUCGUCUGCUGAAUCAUAACAUUCAAGGAUAUUUCGGCAAACUGGUUUCCAGUCGGUAGAAGUAAUUUUUGCUAAUAUUAAUUGUUAUGUAGAGAACUAGACUUCAACCUUUACCCAUCUUAUAAUAAGGAAAAGAUUGAGAUGAGCACCACUAACUGGAAUGGCAGGUGGUUCCACUUGAGGAAAGUUUUGGAACGAGGGGGGCCUUUGGCUCACCCUGAUUUCCAGGCCUCGAAUGAGACUCUCGAUUUCUUGCUGGACAACUGCAAGGUUCUCGUUUUAGGAGCUGGUGGCUUGGGUUGUGAGCUGCUCAAGAAUUUAGCUUUAAUGGGCUUCCGCCAGCUCCACGUAAUCGAUAUGGAUACCAUUGACGUUUCUAAUUUGAAUCGCCAGUUCCUUUUCCGUCACUCGGAUGUUGGCAAACCAAAAGCCAAAGUUGCUGCCAAUUUUAUCAACGAACGCAUUCCACUGGCCAACGUCACUCCUUACUAUGCCAAAAUUCAGGACUACGAUCAGGACUUUUACUCUGGAUUUCACGUUGUCGUCUGCGGGCUAGACUCGAUUAUCGCCCGGCGUUGGAUCAACGGGAUGCUUAUCAGCCUACUCACGUACGAAGACGGAGAGCUUGACCCCUCUAGCGUUAUCCCAUUGGUGGACGGCGGAACUGAAGGAUUCAAAGGCAACGUUCGAGUGAUAUUGCCAGGAAUGAACGCUUGCAUCGAGUGCACUUUGGAUCUGUUCCCACCUCAAAUCAACUUCCCGCUUUGCACCAUAGCUCAUACACCUCGCUUGCCGGAACACUGCAUCGAAUACGCUCGACUUCUUCAGUGGCCUAAAGAGAAUCCGUUCGGCGAGGAAAUUCCGAUCGAUGGCGACGAUCCAAAUCAUAUUUCCUGGAUUUACGAGAAAGCCCUGCAAAGAGCCAACGAAUACGGAAUUCUUGGAGUCACGUAUCGUUUGGCCCAAGGGGUUGUUAAGCACAUCAUUCCGGCCGUGGCGUCAACCAAUGCCGUCGUAGCGGCUGCCUGCGCCUUGGAAGUCUUCAAGCUGGCCUCCUCUUGUGCCCCCAAAUUGGACAACUACAUGGUUUUCAACGAUACCGACGGGAUUUACACCUACACGUACGCAGCGGAAAGGAACGAGAGCUGUGUGUCCUGCUCUCAGAUCCCCAAAGAUUUGGUCUUCCACGAGAACGUACGCCUCAGCGAGGUGAUGGAACACCUAUCGACGACCUACCAGAUGAAGAGCCCUGGCAUUACAACCACCGACCAGCAAGGGCGCAACCGCACGCUUUACUUGCCUAAUGUUAGCAGCAUCGAGGAACGCACGAGACCUAAUCUCAAGAAAACACUCAAAGAACUGGAGCUGAAAGAUGGUGCGCAGUUGAUCGUGGCUGACGUGACCUCGCCAAAUUCGAUCGAAUUCCACUUGAAGUUGCACGCCUCGAUGGAUACGUAGAGCUGCCGCCUAACCUUCUCCGCUUCGGGGCUAUCUCGACGCGUUUAACGAGGAAAACAACAAAGCAACAGCAGCAACAAGAACAGCGAAAAAAAGGGCUGCUAUCGCUGCCGGAAUAGAAACGUCUGUUCUGUAUUACUCGUGCCGCUGCUACCACUACAUUCGUUGGCGAGGAAAGAGGGGAGAGGGUGUGUAUCUGUACUGGUGAUCUACUGUUGCUUACGUGUAACUAACUAUAUAUACAAUGCGACUCUAUUCAA